ACUCUAGGUGUGUACACUUUUCUUUCCAGCACCUUGAAGUCUCUGGAAGAGAGAGACUAUAUUCACCGUGUUCUGGACAAAAUCACAGACACGCUGAUACACUUAAUGGCUAAGUCAGGUCUUUCUCUGCAGCAGCAACACAGACGACUGGCUCAGCUCCUCCUCAUCCUCUCUCACAUCAGACACAUGAGCAACAAAGGAAUGGAGCACCUGUACAAUAUGAAGUGUAAAAAUGUAGUUCCGCUCUAUGAUCUCUUGUUGGAGAUGCUGGAUGCUCACCGACUGCAUGCCCCAGCAGCCAGGAAUGCUGCACCGAUGGAAGAGGAGAACCGGAGCCAGCUGACAACUGCAUCAGCUUCAUCUCACUCCUUGCAGUCUUUUUAUAUAAACAGCAAAGAAGAGGAGAAUAUGCAGAAUACAAUAUAAACAAAAAUCAGCAUAUAUAAUGGUAUGAGAAGCCCAGCAGCGUACUACCUAGCUCAUGCUUCAUUUCAUCUAUAGUGCCACCUAUGUAAACACUCCAAUGACAACAGUCACCUGCAUUUUCCAUUUGAGUGUUUGUCAAGUGCUUGCCUAAAUUGAUUGCUUAUCCUAAAUGGAAGACAUUUCAUUGCUAUGGACAGCCAGCAAGGAUUGUCAGGCUAACUUGAUUUAAAAUUUUCAGUGUUUUUAUUUAAUCUUGUAUGUAACUUGGGUAAAUCCUAAUCUAAACUGAACAUUCAUUUUACUAUAAAUUAAUAGGCCAUAUCACCCAUGUGUAUUGGUAUUUUCAUGCAUGGUAGCCUUUGUUGAUAUCCACCCCAAAUUCUGAGCUCGCUUAAUCAUUUACUUGCUUGAAACUUUGAAGCAGUUUAUUAGAGAUUCUGGAUGACUUUUUGAGGUGAGUGGUAAAUGGAAAGUUGAUUGGCACCUUAGUGCACCAUAGUGAAACUGCUGGUAGUUUAGGUAGAUUCCCAUCUCUCUUCUUCCUAUAGUAGAAAAGAACUGCUGUCUGAGAAUAAUACUGUUCUACCUUGCUCUACCUUGCUGGCUUAUAUCAGCAGACAACUCCCUCUCGAGAUCAUACUGACCAAAUUUUUCGGUCCCCUUACCCAUAUCGUCUAGCUGAAUUGCAUUGUAUGUGUCCUAUCUUGUCUGAUCCUACAAAGCUAAAUUGCUCUGUUGCUUGGCAGUGUGUAAAUCAAGGGCAACACGGCAA